AUGAAUUCUCGCACAUGUUUGGUGACCUACAUUUCAUUUGUGUUCCUCUUCGUGUACAAAGCCAUGGGAGGUGGACCUAUCAAUACCACAACAGGUUUUGUAGCACAACCACUCGAUCAGUCCAAUUUCCACAUACAAAAGCCAUACAACGUCCCGCUCAAUCAACGAUACAGCUUUUCUAAUGGCGUCCACAAGCUUUGGGUGCUCAAGACCGACAAACCACACUCAAAAAACAGUAAAACCCUCCCACGUACAGAAAUUCGAUUUCAAGGUUAUGAUUACUCGUCGGGUGUUUGGCAAUUUGAAGCUUACGGAUACGUGCACCAUGGGACUUCUGGGGUGUGCAUAAUGCAAAUUUUCGGGUCAAAACCUCCAUCUGCUACAACCACAAUGCUUAGGGUAGAUCAUAAUAAACUUACCUAUUACCGGAAUCCGGUUAUCUUUUCUAAUAUAUACGACAAGUGGUUCCGUUUGAAUGUUAUACAUGAUGUGGAAGGCAACAACGUACAAGUUUAUAUAGACGGGGUUCUUAAGUAUGAUGGUCCUGGUCGUGGAGGAAGAUCUCAUUAUUUCAAGUGUGGUGUGUACUCGCAACAAGACGCUUCCUUCCAUAUGGAAUCUCACUGGAAGGAUAUCAAAGUAUUGAAAAAGGCAUAGUCACUAACUUUUGGAUCCUUUCAAUACAUGUCAUGAU